AAAUAAGCAAAUUAUUUAGCUGACAAUCGUCGAAAGGGACACAAAGGAUUACCCAGCCGACGAUUGUUGGUUAAAUGGCUAAAGGCACGGCCGCAUUCAAUGAUAAAGAAAUAAACGCGAAAUCCAAAAACGACCUGCCAAGUGACAAAAAACGAAUAAGUGCAAGAUUCUAAAAAGAAUUAUUUAGCAAAGAAAUUUUGCAUUUAAACGAGCGCAUAUAUAGCGGAUAUAUAUGCAGAAUACGAGCAAGUGAUUUUAUAAUUUUUCCUAAUUAUUCAUAAUUACGGAAAAGUUCGAGAAAAAAUAAAAAUAUAUGACGUGGCAAAAGUGCUAACCACGCUGGGAAACUCAAGGAUACUUUUUUGAUUUGAUUAUUAUGGGGCGGCUAACUAUUUGGUUCCUGCUGGGACUAACGUUAAUCGCCGUCUCCAAUAAUGUUGGGUUUGCCAAUGCCGAUGUCGGACCAAGCGAAUCAGAAUGUCGACCCUACAUUGAAAAGGCUAUAAAUGAAUUGAAAACAGAUGGUGUCACGAGUAGCAAUGGUUCUGGAGAAAUGCAAUCCGAUCAACCGCGUAGGGGGGACGAUGAUGACGACGAUGAUGGUGGGCUUGGGAAUAAUGAGAAAGAAACUGUUGAAAUAACUGAUGUGGAUUCCACAGAGGACGCGAAUAGCGCAAACGACCUCGAUGGAGAUGGCAUUCCUGAUGACGAAGACGAUGACAUUGAUGGCGAUGGUAUACCCAAUAAUCAGGACGAUGAUAUUGACGGCGAUGGAAUACCAAAUGAUGAAGAUGAUGACAUUGACGGCGAUGGAAUACCGAAUGAGAAGGACGAUGACAUUGAUGGCGAUGGUAUACCUAAUGACGAAGAUGAUGACAUCGACGGUGACGGAAUACCAAACACUGAGGACGACGACAUUGAUGGCGAUGGAAUACCUAACACCGAGGAUGACGACAUUGAUGGCGAUGGAAUACCAAACACCAAGGAUAACGACAUCGAUGGCGACGGCAUUCCCAAUGCCAAGGAUGAGGACAUAGACGGUGAUGGCGUGCCAAAUGCCAAGGAUCAUGACAUUGAUGGCGACGGUAUACCUAACAAAGAUGAUGAUGAUUUGGAUGGUGAUGGAAGGCCAAAUGAUGACGACAAUGAUUUGGAUGGCGAUGGCCUGCCAAAUGACGAGGAUGAGGACUUGGAUGGAGAUGGUAAAGCUAAUCAUGAGGACGAUGACCUCGAUGGAGACGGUACCCUCAAUCAUGAGGACACUGACCUCGAUGGCGAUGGCACCCCAAAUGAUGAGGAUGAGGACAUCGAUGGCGAUGGUGUAGAUAACGAAGAAGAUCACGACAUCGACGGAGAUGGUGUGAAGAAUGAUCAGGAUAACGAUAUUGAUGGUGAUGGCCUGCCUAAUUCCGAAGAACCCAAGAGCAUGGACAUCGAUGGCGAUGGUGUGCCAAACGAUGAGGAUGACGACAUUGAUGGCGACAACAAGAAAAACGAAAAAGACGAGGAUAUGGACGGUGAUGGCAUCUUAAAUAUCCAUGACAAAGAUGUGGAUGGUGAUGGUGUGCCAAAUGAGCACGAUGAUGAUAGCCACGAAGUCGACGAUGACGAAGAGGAGGAGGAAGAGGACGUCAAGAAACGUCGUAAGCGCGAUGUGGAUGCAGCUCCAGUUUUGGACGUUGAAGCACCAAAUCCUGCUGAUGAGUUCCCCGUCGAGGAGGAAAUCGUGAAAGUUGUUGAAGAAGUCCCGGUAGAAACCGAGCCUGAGACUGAACCCGAGCCUGUUGUCGAAGAAGAAAAAGCAGAAGAAGAACCUGCUGUGGUAGAAGUCGAGGAAGAAGCCGAGGAAGAAGUUGUCCCACAAGCAGCCGAGGUACAUGAGGAUGUUAUCGAGCCCGAAGCAAUCGAACCACAGACUGUUGAAACUGCCGUUGCUGACGAGCCUCAGGAAGACGAGGAAGACACUCCAGAAGAUGAGCUGCUUUGGGAGGGCGAAGUCCCCCAGAAUCGUCGUAGCCGUCAGCACAUCACAGAGCUACUGCAAUUGGACGACGAGUUCAAUGCACGUGAAAAGGCCACCGACAAUGUCGCCGAGAUUAUCUUGCGCGACAUCAAACGCAUCUACGAGAGUGCCAUUAAGCCACUGGAGACAAUGUACAAAUACCGCGAUUUGAGCAAUCGUCACUUCAGCGAUCCAGAGAUCUUUUCGAAGCCACUGAUUUUGUUCAUGGGUCCAUGGUCCGGCGGCAAGUCGUCUAUUCUUAACUAUUUGACAGACAACGAAUACACGCCAAACUCUCUAAGAACUGGUGCCGAGCCCUCACCGGCCUACUUCAACAUACUGAUGUGGGGCAAUGAGACUGAGGUUUUGGAUGGCACCCAACUGGCCGCCGACUACACGUUCUCCGGCUUGCAGAAGUUCGGUCAGGGUCUUGAGGAACGCUUGCGUGGUUUGAAAAUGAAGAGCAAGUUGCUCGAGAAGGUCAACAUCGUUGAGAUACCCGGCAUUCUCGAAGUGCGCAAGCAGGUCUCGCGCGUAUUUCCCUUCAACGACGCCUGCCAGUGGUUCAUUGAUCGCGCCGACAUCAUCUUUCUGGUCUACGACCCAGCCAAGUUAGAUGUCGGCCCCGAGACCGAGGCGAUACUCGAUCAGCUGAAGGGCCGCGAGUAUCAGACUCGCAUCAUUCUAAACAAGGCAGACACCGUCAAGCCUGAAGAAUUGCUACGCGUGCAGGGCGCACUCAUUUGGAACAUCUCGCCGCUGAUGUCGUCGGCGCAGCCACCACUCAUGUACACCACCUCGUUGUGGACGCAUCCGUAUCAGGAUGGUGCUCCGGCACGCCUGCUACUUGCCCAGGAACGUGCCUUCCUGCGUGAUCUACGCACCGCUAUUGACAAACGUAUUGAACACAAAAUUGCCAGCGCUCGUCGUUUUGCUGUGCGUGUGCGUAAUCAUGCGAAGAUGGUCGACUGUUAUCUGAAUACCUAUUACAACCAUAAGACGCUCUUUGGCAACAAAAAGCGAAUUGCCGAUGAUAUCAUCGAUCAUCCACAGAAUUAUCACAUCUACGAGGGCCUCUCCACGCUUACCAACAUCUCGCGGUAUGACUUGCCCGAUCCGGAAGUCUAUCGUGACUUCUUCCGUUUGAAUCCAUUGUACGAGUUCAAGAAAUUGACGGAAACGUGCACAUAUUUCCGAGGCUGUCCCAUCACCAAACUGGACGUGGCCAUUGCGUACGAGUUGCCCGAGUUGGCUGGCAAAUACAAGAAAAUGUCUGAGGCUGCGCUGUCCAGCAUCGAAGCCAAACAGGCUGAAGUAAUCGAUGCGGAGGCUGAUCCCAAAAAGACGAAGAGUUGAGGUGUUGGCUCCGAUUGGGGAGUAAAACCUGCCAUUUAGUUUGUUUUAGUGAGAGAUAGAGAGAAUGUGACAUCGGCACUAGUAACCGUCUAUGGAGAAUUAACAGCAUCAACUGGGAGAGGGCUACAAGUGAGAGCAAAUCUUUGUUUUCGUACCCAUAUCAACGAGAACAACAGCGUAAGACAAGAGAGCGAGAAUUUGUAGGCGAAUUUUGUUAUUUGAAGUAGCAGCGGUUGCUGUGCAAAUGUUUGGUCUUUAGUCAACUUUUAUUUUCAACUGAGUUGCAACAUUUUUAUUUGAUUAAUUACUAUAUAAUAUAACCGAACUGAGAGCUUAAUGAGAGGGGAGUAAAUGAGAGCAUAUAUUAGCAGAAAAUUAUAUACUUAUAUACACACACACAAGCACACACACAUACUUGUACACGCACGUCUUUGAGCAACACGGUAGAGAGAUAGCACAUGCCAUUGUAGCCGAGUAGAUCAGCUUUUAAUUAAUACAACUACUUAUAGUAAACCUAACGAAUUAGCAAAUCUUACGAUAAUAAAAAUGACGAUUUCUAACACACACACACACAUACUAUACAACCUCCAAGCCACUUAAUCCAACCAACCAACCAAACGAUUGGAAAACACAACCCCGACUGUGAAUUUUCUAUUAGUUGUAACAACAGCGCACGAUUUUGAGAGUUAGCGAGUUUUCAGACUUUUUUUGAGGAAGCAGCAAACAUGUUAGUUUUUGAGACAAACCCUUUUCGAUGGCGUAGUUGAUAAGACUUUUGAUAAAAGUGAACAGUGAAGACGUUUAAAAAAAUAAAAGAAUAACUAUACAUAACUAUUUGCAUGAAUGACCUAAGAGCAUGUGAGAUAAAAUAUUGUAAUAAAAUGAAAUACAUA